UCGGUCUGAUCUGUAGCUGUCCGGCGCUCACCAAUGGUGGUCGUCUUCUCCCCGACUCCCCGCCCCAGCCAAAUCCCAAACCCCGCCGCGGCGCAGAUCCCCCAAAUCCCCCAGCCCUAGUCCACGCUCCCCCGCUCGGAUCAAUCCCCCCCCGAAUUCGAUUCAGCUCGGAUGCGGCCAGCGGCGGCGUAGCGGAACCCCCGGCGUCGAGCUAGGGUUAGGGUUUCGAGGGGUUUGCGAAGCUAGGGUUUGGCCCCCGGCCCCCGCCCGCGAUGGGCCGGUCUCGCGGGGUGCCCAACUCCGGCGACGACGACACCAACCACAGGUCGAAGCGGAGGAGGGUUGCGUCGAGCGGGGAUGCGUCGGACUCCCUCUCGGCGGCGUGCGGGGGAGCUGGCGACGGGAAGAAGGCGCUGUACCACUGCAACUACUGCAACAAGGACCUGUCGGGGAAGAUCCGGAUCAAGUGCUCCAAGUGCCCGGACUUCGACCUCUGUGUCGAGUGCUUCUCUGUUGGAGCUGAGGUCACUCCGCAUCGGAGCAAUCACCCCUACAGGGUCAUGGACAACCUAUCUUUUCCACUAAUUUGUCCAGAUUGGAAUGCAGACGAGGAAAUCCUUCUUCUAGAGGGCAUUGAAAUGUAUGGUCUGGGAAACUGGGCUGAAGUUGCAGAGCAUGUUGGUACCAAGGGCAAGACACAAUGCAUUGAUCAUUAUACAACUGCAUACAUGAACUCACCUUGUUAUCCCCUUCCGGACAUGUCUCAUGUUAAUGGCAAGAAUAGAAAGGAACUUCUCGCCAUGGCUAAAGUACAGGGUGAGAGUAAAAAAGGAAUUCCAGUGUUACCAGGGGAUUGGACUCCUAAGGAUGAGUCUCCAUUUUCUCCACCCCGUGUCAAGGUGGAAGAUGCACUUCUAGAAGGUCCAGCCAGUCGAUCACCUUCGCACAUACCUGGUAUUGAAUCUGCUUCAGGUGCAAAUAAGAAAGCUUCAACUGUUGGGCAUUUCAAAGAUGGUGCUAAUCUAGCUAAAGUUGAAGAUGGUCAUAUGGAUAGAAGUAUCGGCGUAAAAAAGCCCAGAUGUUCUGCAGAAGAAGGGCCUUCGUUGACUGAAUUGAGUGGAUACAAUGCAAAGAGGCAUGAGUUUGACCCAGAGUAUGAUAAUGAUGCUGAACAAGCACUUGCAGAGAUGGAAUUUAAAGAAACUGAUUCAGAAACCGAUCGUGAACUGAAGCUACGUGUGUUGCGAAUUUACUUGUCAAGGCUUGAUGAAAGGAAAAGGAGAAAAGAGUUCAUAUUGGAAAGAAACUUACUGUACCCUAAUCCUUUGGAGAAGGAUCUUACAAAUGAGGACAAGGAGGUUUACCAUCGAUACAAGGUCUUCAUGCGUUUCCUUACUAAGGAGGAACAUGAAGCCCUUGUUAGGAGUGUUAUUGAAGAACGGAAAAUCCGGAGGAGGAUUCAAGAGCUUCAGGAAUGUCGUUCCGCUGGAUGCCGUACACUGGCUGAAGCCAAGAUACACAUCGAGCAGAAGAGGAGAAAGGAGUAUGGUAUGAAUGCUCAAAAAGCGAAGGAAAGUGGCCAGCUUAUUCCAACUACUAAAGCAGUACACAAAACAAACCGGCCUAUGAAAAUUGAGACAGAUGGGAAUUUGGAUCUAAAGAAAGGCAGUACAAUUUUGGAUUCUGGUGGUAGGGAUUCUCCAAAAACCACAGGACAUACAACCGCUAAACAAUGGGAUGAUUGGGAUAUUGUUGGUCUUCCUGGGGAAGAGCUAUUAAGUGCUAGUGAAAAACUUCUCUGCUGUCAGAACAGAUUGCUACCUAGUCAUUAUCUGAAAAUGCAGGAAGUAUUGAUGCAGGAGAUGUUCAAGGGUAGUGUUGUCAAGAAGGAAGAUGCUCAUGUAUUAUUCAAAGUCGACCCUGCCAAAGUCGAUACGGUUUAUGAUAUGGUGACGAAAAAGCUGGGUAACAAUGAUGAGGCUCCAACCGUUUAGUUACGCAUUUGGGUAGUGCCUGGUGUAAACUUCCCUCAGAACCAACUCUUGGUUUCUCAUUCGCAGCAUGAUCGAGACUCAAGGGUAAGAAUGGAGGCUAUACUUACAUUGACUUGGCUGUAGUGUUGAAUUGAAAUUCGUGCAAGAUUUCCAAAGUACACAAUAAGGCGUCCGAGCCAAAUUGUAAAAUUACAGUGGGAAUGUGUAGCGUGAGUUUCCAUUGCUGUUCAGUUUUAAGAGGAUAGUUGUCGUUGCUGAGAGUGUACUGUGUCUGAUGACGCGACAUUGCCUUGUUGUAGGGUUUAGGGUCUGAAAUGAUGUACCAUGUAUGUAACCAUUUGUUCUAUUUCAUGCCAUUGUUCAGAUACCAGACUUGAAGUAUUACAGAUAUUCAUGUUACCAAAUUA